CGGAAAUAGAAGCCACCAAUCGGGCAAUUACAAUCGCGGACUCAGCCAAAUGUCCACUUUAUGUGGUGAAUGUGAUGAGCGCGUCCGCGGCACGUUCGAUUGCGGAAGCACGUCGUCAAGGUUGCAUGGUAUCGGGCGAAACAAUCGCAGCGGCCCUGGGCACUGAUGGUCGGAAUUACACGAACUCAUCGUGGAGCCAUGCGGCUGCUCAUGUGAUGUCUCCACCACUGCGUCCGAAUCCGGAGAAUUCUCGCGAACUGAUGCGUUCGUUGGCCGCAGGCGAAUUGGAUUGCGCAAGUAGCGAUCAUUGGGUUUUUCGAGUGGAUCAGAAAGCUCUCGGGAAGGAUGAUUUUCGUAUGAUUCCGAACGGCUUAAAUGGUGUGGAAGAUAGAAUGUCGGUUGUGUGGGAAAAAGGAGUAUCAACCGCAUCAUUUUUCACCGCCAAACUUCGUUUUGUCAGUUUAGCUAAGAGCUACUUCAGACCCAGUGUUGUCCACGAAUCAUUUACCACAUUUCCUUCUCAUUUUUCGCUCUUCUUUACCGUACGCUAUCAAAACAUCAAGAUGACCGGCCUGAUUGAUCCAUGCAAGUUUGUGGCAAUCACCAGCACAAACGCUGCCAAGUUGUUCAAUCUGUACCCUCGUAAAGGCCGCAUUGAAGUGGGCAGUGAUGCGGAUAUGGUGAUCUGGGAUGGUGACCAGACACGUACGAUUUCGGCCUCAACGCAUCACCAAAAUACGGACUUCAAUGUGUUCGAGGGUAUGCGAUGUCACGGAGUGCCACUGUACGUUCUAACUGGCGGCCGCGUCGUGCUGGAUGACGGAGAACUGCGAGUGAGCCAGGGUGCCGGACACUUCAUUCCUACGCCUCCUUUCGCACCUCACGUGUAUGAUCGAGUGAAGCAACUAGACUUGUCUCGUGCGGUUAUUCCGAUAAAACGUGAACCGUAUUCGGGCCCAGUAUCGACCGAGUUUGUUCCACCGGAGGAAUCGAAAACUGAGGUUAACGGAACUCAGAAAGGAGCACCCGGCCCCGACGGUGAUGGACUCCGGACGCGAUCCCCGACCCGCGCAGGCGGUCGAAAUAUGCAAGAGUCCAGUUUCUCUCUGAGCGGUACGUGGGCUGUCUGA